AACACACAGAGAGGGAGCAAUGAUAGGAGGUCAGAAGGCGGAGAGGAGGAGGGCAGCGCUGGGACAUGGAGAGGCUCCACUGAGGGGGAGAGGUGAUUGAUUGGCCAUUGGUUUCCAGUAGCCAGGAGCAGCUGAGAGUGAUGGGCCCCUGAGUCCCGCUAUGGAGAAGCAUGUAGGAGAGGAUGACUGCGAGGACUCUGGAGCAGAGACAGGAGGGUCAGAUUACAGCCGCCUGUCCUCCACAAGCAGUGAACUCUCUAUAGAAGAUGUCCAGGACCCAUUCCUUGUUAGCAUCCAUAUAAUCGCUGAUCCUGGAGAAUCCAGGUGUCUCCAAGAUGCUAUUGACAAGCUACUUGCAUGGAUCCACCCAGAUCUUCAGUUGUUUCGUGUUUCUGAAAGGAGAAUUACAAGGAAAAGAAAGCCCACUAAGGGCUUUGCAUCACAACCUGCGUUUGCUGUCAUUCUCUUCGUACAAGAAGAAUACGGAGAAGAACAGAUAUUACAUCUGCACGAAUGUUUCCAGAAACCACCAUGGAAGUUCCAUCACACGGAGCGCGUACAUGGCAAGUUCCUCCCUUACAUGCCAUGCAACCAGGACUUCUUUACUUUAGCCAACGGAACACCACUGUGGGCCAUCAGGCAGGUACACUACGGGAAGGAAAUUAUACGGUUUACUAUCUACUGCAGUUACGAAAAUUUUGCAUAUAUGAUGAAAAUGUAUGAACUGAUAUUAAAGAAAUCGGUGUGGAAGAAGAAGGCCGAUUUCUGUGUUUUUCCAAUUUAUUCAAACAUGGAUAUAGACAUUGAGUUUUCCCUGAAAAGGCUUCUGAAGGGACAAAGCCCAAUCCCUUUAGAAUCUUCACUGCUGGAGUUUAGAGUUAAAGAUUUUGGACAGCUAAUUCCACUUUUGCCCAACCAAUGUAGUCCCAUAAGCGAGGGAAGGUGGCAGACUGAAGAUCACGAUGGAAAUAAAAUACUGUUACAGCAGGUUCACAGAUUGACCAGAAAAUCAAUCUUGAGGCAUCAGAACUGCUUAUUAGGGAAUGUAACCGCAAUGCCACUAAUCAGCUUUAUUCCUCAAAGUCAUAAAUCCAGAUCUUAUAAGCACAAGAUCAACAAUGGGCAAGUCCCAUGUUUUGGCGUUUCUGAAAACAUCUUCGCAAAGAGGCAAGGGGACAUAACCCGAAGUGCAAAGGACACUAAUAGCAUGGCACAAUUAUUUCAACGAAGUAAGUCUUUAAUAUGUUUACCGUCUUUAAAAUCGUUUCCGUCUUGUGCAUCAUUUCCGUUCAGUGAGCCCUCUCCAACAUAUCGAGAAGAUACAGAGGUCUUUCAAUCAAGAGGGUGGAAGGGCAAUUCCAAGAUCAACAUUGAUGACCUCGAGGGAGCUCAGGAGACUGAUGUUGACACAGGCUUGAAACUUUCCACCUCGGACUUGUCUGUUGUAUCAGCCUAUUCAACCCUCCAUGGGUUGUGUAGUGAUUUAGAGUCUUCCCUUUCUUUCGAUAGAGAAACUACUUCACAAAACAGAACAUUAUCUGCAAGUAAAAAGCUCCAUGAGCUGUCCUGCCAAUCCUUAAAUUCAAUUUCUGAACUGUCUUCUGGAUCUUUUAUUUCAUUAUUACUUCCAAGUACAUCAGGCUCAUGUUCUCUAACCGAGUCUCAAAAGGAUAUUUCCAGCCUUUGUCAAAAUACUACGGACAUCACUGAGCAUUUGACAGAAACUCAGAAUACAGAAGAGGAAGAAUUUUAUAUCUGAUUGUUCAGAUGAUUGCCAUUGUAUCUGCUAUGUUUAUAUACAUUUCGAACUACAUGAUACAUCGAACGUUCUAAGUGAUAACAUUUAUUACAAGCUCCACACUUUUCAUGUAAAGAUAACAUAGGUGAAAUAGAAGUGUAAUAUAUAGAGAAUUACAUUAAUUGGCAGUUAAGAAAAAGCACAUGAUACAGCUUUCAGAAUAACUUUAAUCAUUUAUUUUAUUUGGAAUUUUCUUACCUCUUAACCCAUGACUGAGCACAAGAAAGUUGAUAAGGGAUUCUCAGAAAGUAAUUGUUACAUUUAGUGCCUUAUCAGUAUAGUCAUGUUAAUUAUAUGACCCUACCUUUAAAAUUAAAGGGGAUUAUCAUGUACAUUUUGUUUUAUUAUAGGUAACAUUAAACACCAUAUAUUAUAUAGGUAUAUACCAUAAUUUUGUUCAGUUGC